GGCUGGUAGGGUUUGGGAGAGAGAAUCUCGCGAGUCUUGGAGUUUUGGUGAGAGUUUGUGGAAGAUGGCGCCUGUUGUGACAGGGAAGUUUGGGGAGCGCCCUCAACCACAGCGCCUGACAAGAGAAGCCAUGCGGAAUUACCUGAAAGAACGAGGAGACCAAACUGUGCUCAUCCUACACGCUAAAGUUGCACAGAAAUCAUACGGCAAUGAAAAAAGGUUUUUCUGUCCUCCUCCAUGUGUUUAUCUGAUGGGUUGUGGAUGGAAGAAGAAGAAAGAGCAGAUGGAGAAGGACGGCUGCUCGGAGCAGGAGUCCCAGCCCUGUGCCUUCAUCGGCAUCGGCAACAGCGACCAGGAGAUGCAGCAGCUGAACUUGGAGGGGAAGAACUAUUGCACAGCUAAAACAUUGUACAUCUCAGACUCGGACAAACGCAAGCACUUCAUGCUGUCGGUGAAUAUGUUCUACGGGAACAAUGCAGACAUCGGAGUCUUCCUCAGCAAGAGGAUCAAGGUCAUCUCCAAACCCUCCAAAAAAAAACAGUCCCUCAAGAAUGCCGACCUUUGUAUAGCGUCAGGAACAAAAGUGGCAUUAUUUAACCGGCUUCGCUCUCAGACAGUCAGUACACGUUACCUGCACGUAGAGGGAGGAAAUUUCCACGCGAGUUCACAGCAGUGGGGAGCCUUCUUUAUCCAUCUCUUGGAUGAUGAGGAGUCGGAGGGGGAGGAGUUUACUGUGCGAGACGGCUACAUUCACUAUGGCCAAACUGUCAAACUUGUGUGCUCUGUGACAGGGAUGGCUUUGCCUAGACUGAUCAUCCGUAAGGUGGAUAAGCAGACUGCCUUGCUGGAUGCAGAUGAUCCAGUCUCUCAGCUGCAUAAGUGUGCCUUUUUCCUGAAGGAUACGGAGAGGAUGUACCUGUGCCUUUCUCAAGAGAGGAUCAUCCAAUUUCAAGCCACUCCAUGCCCAAAGGAACCAAAUAAAGAGAUGAUUAAUGACGGUGCCUCCUGGACAAUCAUCAGCACUGAUAAAGCAGAAUACACCUUCUAUGAGGGCAUGGGCCCAGUACACACACCCGUAACACCUGUGCCUGUUGUCGAAAGCUUACAGUUAAAUGGUGGAGGAGAUGUAGCAAUGCUGGAGCUAACUGGACAGAACUUUACUCCAAAUCUGCGGGUGUGGUUCGGCGAUGUCGAGGCUGAGACCAUGUACAGGUGCGGAGAAAGCAUACUCUGUGUAGUUCCUGACAUUUCAGCAUUCCGCGAGGGCUGGCGAUGGGUGCGACAGCCAGUGCAGGUCCCGGUAACGCUGGUCAGAAACGACGGUAUCAUCUAUUCCACAACGCUCACGUUCACGUACACGCCCGAACCCGGUCCACGCCCACACUGUAGUGCAGCUGGGGCUAUCCUACGAUCGGGCAAUGCCGGUUUGCUUUCAACGACUGGUAACAGCAUGGGAGAUAACGGAGAAACAGCACCUUAUGGCACCAACAGCACGUCCAAUGCCGUUGCAGCAGCGUCGUCUAAUGCAGCUGCAGCUAUGGUGUUAUAACAAAUGCAGCAGUGCUCACAAACUCGCAACAUGCUAUGUGUGAAAAUAAAUUCAAAAAGACUACAUUACAAACUUUGUUUUUAAAAGUGCUGCAUAUUGAUUUCAAGAAUAAAAUCCUUUGACAGAGGAGACAGAAAUCAAGGAUUUUGCAAAUUUACAGGGGAAAAAACUGUGGCAAGGACAAAAUAUUUGGUAGAAGGUUCUCCUGUUUCCUCUAGUGGAUUUCUCUAAAGAGGUGGUCUGGUGCUAGCAAUACAGUUGACAAUGCCUGAGAGCAAACUCCAUAUUGGCAGAACACCAGAGAAGAGACCACAGCAGUGAUGCAUCAGCAAUGUAAAAAUGUUCCAUUUAGUCUCAUGUUUCUUCCUUCUGGUCUGUAUGUGUGAUUGGGUGAGACCUAUCAUGAGCUGGGAGGUCUGAACACUUUGAAAAGGGUCACAUUUAAAUUGUGAGAAUAACAGUUUUUAUGGACCAAGGAUAUUGUAUAAGCUUUAGUUAAGGUACAUUUUUCUCCAUACCUUUUUUAUAUCAAACAUAUAGUACGCUGUUUUUACCAAAUAAGUUCUAUUCCUCCUCUGAGCUUUCACCUUUGUGUUCUUUGUCCGUUGUCUGUUUUCUCGACUUCUGUAUAUAGCUGAUUUCAUGUAGUUUGACAAUCAUCAGUUGCUCAGACUCUUUCCGUUUUGAUACUUUGUAUUUUGUAAUACCAUUUUUUGUGUUUAUGUGUGUGUGUGUUUGUGUGUCAGUUUGGUUUAGUUGUUGAAAUUUUGCAUUUGGGAGAAACUCAGAGGGCCUAUUUUUUACCAUUGGUUUUAUGAAGUCUUUAAAAGAGCUUUAAGCAAUGCCUCUGCCUUGCCUGCAUUACAUUAUGCGCUAUGCUUCCAUUAAGCAUUUCUUCACAUCAAGAUCUCACAAAAGGAACCUGCCAUCUUCCUAUGUCUUAUGUGGGAAUCUAAUCCAGAAACCAUGAUAUACACAAUAUAAAGGCCUUUUAUAGGUAUUUCAUGCAAUGUUCCAUCAAAACGGUAGCAAUUGUGUAGUAUGUCUUGUAUGUUACUUCUUUUUGAAAAGAAAAAAUAAUAAUUUUUGUCUUCCAAACAUCCAUUUGCGUUUUCUAAAAUAGUCUCAAAAACGAGUGAUUUGGAGACAUGCUCUACCAUUAGAUGUGGCCUUAGUGUAAAGGUUCCAGGUUCAGCUUACCCCUUAAAAAGGAGGUUUUCGAACAUGACCGGUGGAACCAAGCCUUGCAUUUUGAAAAUUUGACAUGUGAUUUUUGAUAUUUAAACGUUGCUCCCUAAAUGUUCGUUCUUUGUCGUUCAAAUUUAAAUGCAUUAUAGAAAUGAACAUACCCAAAGAUAUUAUAUUGCAUUGUGUCUCUUUUUUAAUAUUUGAAGAUUAUGUAGAGAUUUGUGGCCUCUCGCAUACCAAACGUAAGAAGCUUUACUCCUUUGGUCAUUGAUUUGUUUAUCAUGGCCUUGGUGUCUCACCAACUUGUAGACUAGUAAUAAUGACAAAAAGAAAACUAGCCACAGUUAACUCAUCAACCAGCACUAAUAGUGUUUUGUGACUUUCUUGUUUUAUGUACAGUAAUUUAACUUGAGGAUUGUAUUCGUCCAUUUGUAAAGAAGAAAAAUCAUAAAAGAAAGAAAAAGAAAAUCCAACUUCAGCUAUUUUGUUAUUCUUUUUCGGUGUGUUUGUGUCUAUGGCUCUUAACACAGUUACAGUAUGUCCUUUCGGUAUACUGUGUCUUCUCGAAACAUUAGGGUGUUUGAUGUCCAAAUUUGUAUUAACUUUUAUGUUACUGUCCUUAUAGUGAAUGGACAUCGUGAGACUAACAUUGAAGAUAAAUGCAUAGUUCACCCAAAAAUGUAAAUUCUCUCAUCAUUUACUCACCCUCAUGCCAUUCCAGAAGUGUAUGACUUUCUUUCUUUUGUAGAAGAACAUCUCAGCUCUGUAUGUGAAGGUCCAAAAGGGACAUAAAGGCAGCAUAAAAGUAAUCCAUAAGACUCCAGUGAUUAAAUCCAUAUUAAUAUUUAAGUCCAUUUUUACUGUAAAUCUACACUUUCACAUUCAGCCACCUACUGGUGGGGGCAGGUCAAAAGUGGAGAUUGAUAGUAAAAAGAACAUAAAUAAUGAUCAGUUUCUCACCCACACCUAUCACAUUGCUUGAGGAGACAUGGGUUAAACCACUGGAGACAUAUGGAUUACGUUUAUGCAGCCUUCAUGUCCUUUUCACCAUUCACUUGCGUUGUGAGGAUCAACAGAGCUGAGAUAUUCUUCUAAACAUCUUCAUUUGUGUUCAGUCAUACACAUCUGGGAUGGCAUGAGGUUGAGUAAAUGAUGAGAGAAAUUUCAUUUUUGGGUAAACCAUCCCUUUAAUGGCCUUUAAAUGUGUGUGUCUCUAAAAGAUGUAAGCAUACAGCAAUACUGUAUAGGUCACUUUGUGUGGAAGUAGCCACUGAUUUUCACCAGCCUGAUCCACAAUGUAUGUGGUCAUGAAGAACAGCUGGCACAACUGGAAUCAUAUACACUUUCUAUACACUUGUUCAUAUUCAUUUAAUUAGACACCUUUUUGGUAGAUUUUUAGACCUACACUGUCUUCCUUACAUGGAAAAUCUGUAGUGUAGUACAUGUAGGUGACCCGUCUAAAAGGCAAUACUCCAGCAUUGUAUAAUGUUGUACAUUUCGGGAAAAAACUGUAACGUGAAUGUUUUACAAAAAAAAAAAAAAAAAAAAAAAAGUUCACUUGUUGCCUCCACUAGACUUUUAUUUUCAAUGUAAUUGUCUGACUUUCCUGCUAAAAUGUCUUUAUCCUUGGUGGCUUCUGCAAAAAUGUAGUUUUCACUUCUGAAGUUUUGAAGAUGCCCUAAAACUCUUGCACUCGGUUUGCCAGAAUUAUUUGCAUAACAAACCAUUUUCAGCUUCUAUUUUAUCAUAUACUCACAAUUGAGUAAUACCAAUUGCACGCUUCCAUUUUGGGGGAAGUUUGGCAUUUAGACUGAGCAAAAGAAUGGACACAUUUUUACCUGUGUUUUCCAGUUAUAGAUCAUUUGUCAGCAGUGAGGAGGAUUGUGUUUUGUCAUUGCUUACCAUACAAUGUGGUAUUGUAUUUUUCUAUUGUUUUAUUUUUUUAAUCAUUAUGAAAAUGAUUAUAUGGUGUCCCCACCCAAAAAAAAGAAAGUAAAAAGUGCUUUAAGCCUGUCCGCCUUGAAAUGUGACAGCAUUGUUGAAACAUUUCCUACAUAAACUAAAGAAAGCUAUUAGUCUUUUUAAACCCAUGUAUGCCCUUUGAAUUCAUCGUGUUUUUGUUUGCAUAGCACAAUAUAUCGUCAUUUCCACAUUUAUAAUGAGAACAUUUCUGAACCGUUUGGUCACUUUGAAUGCUGCCUCUGUUCCACAUUUUGUUUACAUUGUGGAUUUGCUCCGCUCUACUCUUCACUUACUAUAGUGUUGAAGUGGUUGUGUGUUUUGUUGCUCUCAGAACAAACCAAUUGACAAUCUUGCUGUUUUUUACUGUUUACAUUGAUUUUUUUUUAAGGUGUUGAGCUUUAGAAUGAAAUAUUUGUUCAAUUCCAUAUCUGAAACUGACAUUGUUGAAAUUUGUAUUAAUUUGAUUGGAUGAAACUUUCUAACAAAACACAUGUGUAUAGGGGUUAUGUACCAAGCCUUAAAACACAUUGAAUGGCAAACCUGAGUGAACAAAUAAUCUGUUUUUAUAUCUAAGUGUGUGAUGGAUUUUCAGAGUCAGCUGGUGUCCUUUCUGUGUUUCUGCUCUUUUAUAUCUAUUGUUUAACUCUGCUCUUCCAAAAGAAUUAUGUUUUGUCCUUGAUGAGUUCUGAUCAAUGAAUAGGUGAUGAUAGGUGGAUGUCUUCUUAUAUGCCAAAUGUCUUAGAUUAACAUUAUCAUGUUCUGCAUAUCAAACUUGGCACAAGAGGCAACUUUUCAAAGAUAUCAAGGGUAUUACACUGAAAGCUUACACUGUACUGUAGCAGUACAUCCUUGUAAUUGCAAACCUAUUCUUUUACAGAAUUUGAUAUCCUGUUCAUAUUCCAUACUUCAAGAGCUUGAAUUGGUCAUACACUCAAAACAUAUUUUAACCUAUUUUUAAGAUAUUAAUUCAACAGUCAAAAAUUGUCAUUCAAUUAAUUUAGUUAAAGAUUACCUGUUUUAAUUUGAUGGAAUUUGCAUAUGAAAAUGCAUCAUUUUAUAAAUAGGCUAAAAUAUAUUUUUGAGUGUAACGUUAUCUUGCUUUGACUUUUGCACAAUUAAUCAGCUAAUCAAAGGCUUAAUUAGGUCAUUACUUUUUCCUGUUUGCCAUGAAUAAAUUAUUGUUACUGUUGUGCAGAGUUACCAUUUCAUUGCAAAGUUAGUAUCCCAGUAGGGCAAUUUUAGUUCAGUAAUUCACCGUCUCUCCACUGGCUUUGCAAUUAGAGAAAAACAAAUUUGUCUACAGUAGAUCAGCUGCUUAGUGUAAAGUUCACUUUUCAUGAAAGCAAUCCUGGUGUGCCUAAUUGCUUUAUCUGUAAGUCAGUCAUUUGUUUGUAUUUCUUUUUUGCUCUUUUCUUUGUCCUCAGUCUGUUGUAGUUAUAUUAUUCAGAGGUGUCUGUAUAGUAUGUCCUUCAUGGGCCCUGACGUUAUGAUCAUGUGCCCUAACGUGAAACAAGGGGGCAGUUUUUUUAGUUUUUUUUUUUUUUUUACAUAAGAUCUGUUUCAUUUUCUGUUUGAUUGAUUUUGUACAUAUUGCACCUGCUCAGUUCCAUAUGUCAUUAAAAAAUAAAAAUGCAAU